UAUGGCGGGCCUGAGGAUGGCGGCCGCCGCUUAGGAACACCGGAGGGAGACAAAGAAAGAAAAGUUUUCACUUGUCUCUAUCCAUGACUGUAAUUGGCGGAGGGGAGAGGUGUCCCCUCGAAAUUAGUCUGAUGUGGAUUUUUAAUUUGGCGAUAUCUUCGGGAGUACACAUGUUGAGCUACGAAUAAGGUCAAGACGUGGUCCAGGAUGGCUGCUGCUUCUUAUGACCAGCUUCUGAAGCAAGUGGAGGCUCUUAAGAUGGAGAACUCCAACCUCCGCCAGGAGUUAGAGGACAACUCUAACCAUCUGACCAAACUGGAGACCGAAGCCUCUAAUAUGAAGGAGGUACUAAAGCAGCUGCAGGGAAGCAUUGAGGAGGAGUCCAUGGACUCUUCAGGACAGAUCGACCUGCUGGAGAGGCUGAAAGAGAUCAGCUUGGACCCGAGCACCUUCCCCAGCGCCAAGCUGAGACCCAAAGCUCCAGCGCGUCUCUAUGACUCGUGCGAGGGUGCUGUGUCUGUGAGAUCCGGGGACAGCAGCCCCGUCCCUGCUGGCUCCUUCCCCAGGCGGGGUGUGCUGAAUGGAGGGCUGGAAGGCGCAGGGUACCUGGAGGAGCUGGAGAAGCAGAGGUCCUUACUGAUGAGCGAGUUGGAGAAAGAGGAAGCGGAGAAGGACUGGUACUACACACAGCUGCAGAACCUCACCAAGAGAAUCGACAGCCUGCCCCUCAUGGACAAUUUUUCCCUGCAGACAGACAUGACUCGCCGGCAGCUUGAGUACGACGCCCGAAAGAUACGGGCCGCCAUGGAGGAACAGCUGGGCACCUGUCAGGACAUGGAGAAGCGGGCACAGAGCAGAAUCGCAAGGAUUCAGCAGAUAGAGAAGGACAUACUUCAUAUUCGACAGCAUCUCCAUGCUCAACCCACAGACUCUGAGGUAAUGAUGCCAAACAAAGAUAAACCAGCCCCCCUUGACUGUGAGAGGUCUGGCCAGGGAGCACAGGCAUCUGCGGAGCCUGCCUUGGCCCCGCUGGGGUUCAACCAGGCUUCAAAUGGCCGUUUGGACCACGAGGCAGCCAGUGACAUGAGUGCUGGUAGUUACUCUGUCCCACGCAGACUGACCACUCACCUGGGUACCAAGGUGGAGAUGGUCUACUCCCUCUUAUCCAUGUUAGGCACUCACGACAAGGACGACAUGUCUCGGACCUUGCUGGCCAUGUCCAGUUCUCAGGACAGCUGCAUUGCCAUGCGCCAGUCGGGUUGCCUGCCGCUGCUCAUCCAGUUGCUCCAUGGCAAUGACAAGGACUCAGUACUGCUGGGAAACUCACGAGGCAGCAAAGAGGCGCGCGCCCGAGCCAGCGCCGCCCUGCACAACAUCAUCCAUUCACAGCCGGAUGACAAGCGUGGCCGCAGGGAGAUCCGCGUACUGCACCUCCUGGAGCAGAUCCGGGCCUACUGUGAGACAUGUUGGGAGUGGCAGCAGGUCCACGAGCGUGGUGUUGACCAGGACCAAAACCCCAUGCCCUCGCCAGUGGAGCAUCAGAUCUGCCCUGCCGUUUGCGUUCUCAUGAAGCUCUCCUUCGACGAGGAGCACAGGCAUGCCAUGAACGAACUUGGUGCCCUCCAGGCGAUUGGGGAGUUACUGCAGGUGGACUGUGAGAUAUAUGGGCUGACAAGUGACCACUACAGCGUGACUCUGAGAAGAUACGCAGGAAUGGCCCUCACAAACCUUACGUUUGGAGAUGUGGCCAAUAAGGCAACCCUGUGCUCCAUAAAAGGCUGCAUGAGGGCGAUGGUGGCCCAGUUGAAAUCUGACAGUGAAGAUUUACAGCAGGUGAUUGCCAGCGUUCUCAGGAAUUUGUCCUGGCGCGCUGACGUCAACAGUAAGAAGACACUCCGUGAGGUUGGCAGUGUGAAAGCUCUGAUGGAAUGUGCGCUGGAUGUCAAGAAGGAAUCAACACUAAAGAGUGUUCUAAGUGCCCUUUGGAACUUGUCAGCACAUUGCACUGAAAAUAAAGCUGAUAUAUGUGCUGUGGAUGGCGCUCUGGCCUUUUUAGUGAGCACGCUAACAUACCGAAGUCAAACCAACACCCUUGCAAUUAUUGAAAGCGGAGGAGGCAUCUUGCGAAAUGUGUCGAGUCUAAUUGCUACAAACGAAGAUCACAGGCAAAUUUUGAGAGAAAACAACUGUCUCCAGACUCUACUUCAGCAUCUAAAGUCUCACAGUUUAACAAUAGUCAGUAACGCAUGUGGAACACUCUGGAACCUUUCUGCUCGAAAUGCAAAGGACCAAGAAGGUCUGUGGGACAUGGGAGCUGUCAGCAUGUUGAAAAAUCUCAUUCACUCUAAGCACAAAAUGAUAGCUAUGGGCAGUGCAGCAGCUUUACGAAACCUCAUGGCUAAUAGACCAGCUAAAUACAAGGAUGCCAACAUCAUGUCCCCAGGAUCCAACUUGCCAUCCCUCCAGGCCAGAAAACAGAAAGCUUUAAUUGAAGAACUGGAUGCGCAGCACCUUUCAGAGACUUUUGAUAAUAUCGAUAACUUGAGUCCGAAAGCUCCUCAAAAGAACAAACCAAGACACAAGCAGAAUGUGUAUAGCGAGUUUGUUGUGGACUCUGCCCAUCAUAAUGAUAACUGUCGGUCGGAGGGUUUAAGUUCCAGCAAUAUUCGUCUUCCUAGCCCUUACGUAAACACCCCAGUGCUGCCUAAUUCACCUAGAGAAAACAGAGAUAGUUCGGACACUUCCAAAGCUGAGAAGGAUCGGAGCCUUGAUUGGGAACUGAAAGGAGCUGCUCUUGGUGGAUUUCACCCUUCAGAUGAACCCUCCAAGAGAAUAGGAAUGCAGACAUCAACAGCCGUGCAAAUUGCCAAGGUAAUGGAAGAGGUGGAAAGCAUGCAUAUAAGCCAAGGAGACAGGAGUGCUGGCAAUACACCGGACCCUCAGUGUGUGCCGGAUGAAAUGAGUGCCAUGAGGCAUACACCUACCAUGCUCGGUCAUUUAAAUGUAUUCAACUUUGCCAAAGCUGAGCACUCAAAUCGUCCUUGCCCCAUGCUAAAAAUUGAGUAUAAGGCAUCCAAUGACAGCUUAAACAGUGUUAGCAGUACUGAUGGCUAUGGUAGAAGGGGUCAGAUGAAACCUUCCAUUGAGUCUUACUCUGAAGAUGAAGGGAAAAGCGGCAUCUACGGGACAUAUCCUGCUGACCUUGCCCAUAAGAUUCACAGUGCCAAUCAUAUGGAAGAUGAUAAUGGGGACCUGGAUACUACUAUUAAUUACAGCCUAAAAUACUCAGAUGAACAAUUGAAUUCUGGCCGACAGAGUCCGAGUCAGAAUGAAAGGUGGGCAAGAGUUAAACAUCAUGGGGACGAUGUGAAACGGGUAGAUCAGAAACCAGUGCAGUCUCAAGGCCCAAGUUAUCCAGUGUACACAGAAGCAAAUGUCACCAGUGAGGAAACGCACGCAACGUAUCCGUCGAGAUUCGUGGCACCAGAGUGUUCUGCUGGAUUCCGGUCAAGGAGUUCCAAUUCUUCUGAACAAAGUAGUUCUAGCCUUGGAUUGUCUAAAAACAUCAGUCAGACUAUGUGCCCUGUUGAUGAUUAUGGUGAUGACAAGCCAACCAACUUCAGUGAGCGGUACUCAGAAGAACAACAACAGGAGGAAGAUCAGCCAACUAAUUACAGCAUGAAAUAUAAUGAGGAGCAUCAUGUGGAACAACCAAUUGAUUACAGCUUAAAAUAUUCAGAAAAUUGUUCCCAAAAAAACAUUUUUAACCAUCCAAAGUCAUCAGCUCACAGUUUAACAAAGGACCAUUUAAGCCCGGGAAACAUGACGCCAUCCAUAAAGAAUUCAAGCAGGCAAAAGCAGCUUCUCCCACCUCAAACAAGGUCUGGACCGAGUCGAGUUAUCCAAAAGAAUUCAACAUGCAAGUCUCCUGCAAUUAAUCAAGAAACUCUGCAGACAUACUGUGUUGAGGACACGCCAAUCUGUUUUUCACGAGGCAGUUCUUUGUCGUCAUUGUCAUCAGAAGAAGAUGAAAUGGAAGGUCGUAAGCGAUCCAUGGCUGCUGUAACUAACUAUCCUAAUCUAGCUAUUUCAGAAAAAGAGUCUUCGGGUAUUUUAGUUGCAGAACAACUUACUGCUGAAACCCAGAGCACCUCACAGUAUAACCAAAUGAAACCUCAGAGAAAUCAAGGUGCUGGUGUCUCCAUGUCCGAUAGCUCAAGACAUAAAGCAGUUGAGUUUUCAUCUGGAGCUAAAUCUCCAUCGAAAAGUGGUGCUCAAACUCCUAAAAGUCCCCCAGAACAUUAUGUGCAAGAGACACCUCUUAUGUUCAGCAGGUGUACUUCAGUGAGCUCCCUCGAUAGCUUUGAGAGUCAUUCUAUAGCUAGCUCUGUGCAGAGUGAACCAUGCAGUGGCAUGGUUAGUGGAAUUAUCAGCCCAAGUGAUCUUCCUGAUAGUCCUGGGCAAACAAUGCCUCCAAGUCGUUGUAAAACUCCACCUCCAUCUCAUCCGGCCCAAGGAAAACACAAAAUGAAAGUAUCUCAUAUGGAAAAGAGGGAUUUGGCUCCAAGGCAUGCGGCUGUGAAUUCUGCUGUCCAGAAAGUUCAAGUACUUCCAGACAAUGACACACUGCUGCAUUUUGCCACAGAAAGUACUCCAGAUGGAUUCUCUUGUGCCUCAAGUCUGAGUGCCCUCAGUCUUGACGAACCUUUCAUUCAGAAAGAUGUUGAGCUUCAAAUUAUGCCCCCAGUUCAUGAAGAUGACCAUGGAAAUGAUGAAGAGCCUGAAAAAGAUGACACUGUUCAAGAAAUAAACUCAGAUGUAGCGAAAUUACAAAAGGAACCAGAAAAAGAUUUAUUAGAUUAUUCUGAUGAUGAUGAUAUUGAGAUAUUGGAAGCUUGCAUAAAUUCUGCAAUGCCAACUAAAUCUUCACGAAAACCAAAAAAGCAAUCUCCUACAACCACUUCAAGAAUACCUCCACCAGUAGCUUGUAAACCAAGCCAGCUUCCUGUUUAUAAAUUGCUUCCUCCGCAGAACCGGGGGCAACAACAGAAACAUGUGAGCUUUACCCAUGGAGAAGAUAUGCCUAGAAUAUACUGUGUUGAGGGAACCCCCAUAAAUUUUUCAACUGCAACAUCUCUUAGUGAUCUCACUAUUGAUUCCCCUCCUAAUGAGCUAGCAAAUACUGAGACACCUGUGCCUGCCAUGGAAUCUGCUUCUACUCAUAGGGAAGGUACUGGUCCAGAGGGCAAAACUGCAGAGGUGGCUGGGCAGAGUCUGUCUGCUUCUGUAUCUGUGGACGAUGAGAAAAAUGAAGGGGAUGAUAUUUUAGCCGAAUGUAUUAGUUCUGCAAUGCCAAAAAGUAAAUCCUAUAAACCUUUUACAAUUAAUAAAAUUGAUCAAGGGCAUCCGUCAACAUCUCCUGGGUCUCUAGUCCAACAAGAAAUGGAAAAGAAGAAACCUACAUCCCCAGUAAAGCCAAUCCCACAAAGCAGUGAAUAUAGAGCAAGGAUGAUAAAACGCCCAGAAACAAGAAGUGGUGUUGCCCUGGGAGCCUCAAGAACAGAAAAAAAUGAAACCAAAAAACAGGACCUUAAAGUAACCUCAACUGAGAAGACUCCACAUGCUGAUGAGCGAAUACGCGCCGGGUUUUCUUUUGAUUCACCACAUCAGUAUACCCCAAUAGAGGGGACCCCAUUUUGCUUUUCGCGCAAUGAUUCUUUAAGCUCAUUAGAUUUUGAGGAAGAUGAUCUUGAUUUCUCAAAGGAAAAGGCUGAGCUCAAGAAAGAAAAAGAGCAGGAAAAGCAACCUUCUAAAGUUGCUAAUGAUGAUACUGUUAGUCUACAAGCCACAAACAGAAAGCAGACUUUUCAGGUGGCUCCAUCAAAAUCUCUACAAAAGCAAGAAAGUGUUUCACACACAUCAAAAGAAAUUACAGGACCAGUCUCAGAUGAGAAGCAGAAUUUUUCAAUUGAAGACACUCCAGUAUGUUUUUCUAGAAAUUCCUCUCUGAGUUCCUUGAGUGACAUUGAUCAAGAAAACAACAACAGGGAGUGUCAUGAAAAAGAAAAUACAACUGCAGUGGAAACCUCUCGGCCUCCGGCCUCGGGGUAUGCUCCAAAAGCCUUCCAUGUUGAAGAUACUCCAGUAUGUUUUUCCAGAAAUAGCUCACUUAGCUCUCUUAGCAUUGAUUCAGAAGAUGAUCUUUUGCAGGAAUGUAUUAGUUCUGCUAUGCCAAAAAAGAAGAAACAACCCCUUCGAAAUAAGUCAGAUGAACAUGAGGAGAGUGAUAAAACUAUAGAUGACAUUUUAGCUGAAGAGCCAAAUCUAACAUUAGACACUCACAGUCCUGUCUCUGAGCAAGCUCUUUCACCAGAUUCAGAGUCAUUUGAUUGGAAAGCUAUUCAAGAAGGUGCUAAUUCUAUAGUUAGCAGUCUGCACCAAGCAGCUGCUAGUCUAUCACGACAAGGUUCUUCCGACUCUGAUUCAAUCCUCUCUCUCAAGUCUGGUAUCUCAAUUGGGUCUCCCUUCCAUAUAUCAAUGGAUCUUGAGGAAAAAAACACAAUCAAAGGCCCCAGAAUACUAAAGCCAGGAGAAAAGAGCUUCCUGGAAACCAAAAAGAAGGAAGAAGAACAAACUAAAAGCAUUAAGGGCGGUAAGAAAGUUUACAAGAGCCUCAUAACUGGGAAAGCACGAACAAGUCUUGAUUGUGCAUCCUCUCAGCAAAGACAAAAUGCCAGUCCUAUGAUUUCCCGUGGAAGAACAAUGAUUCACAUUCCAGGAGUGAGGAGCAGCUCACCCAGCUCCAGUCCAGUUACAAAAAAGAUGCCACCUAAGGGAGCUACCUCAAAAGCAUCUUCACAAGGUCAAAAUGCUAGCAGCUCCUCAAGAAAUGUAAAAACACCUUGCAAGUCAGAUUCUAGUCCUGUUACAAGGCAAACUAGUUGCCAAGGAGGCCCAAGUAAGACUCCAACUCAGUCUGCUUCAAGAGACUCCACUACUUCUAGACCUUCUCAGCAACCGUUAUCAAGAUCUAUGCAAUUACCAGGUCGUACUUCUGUGUCACCUGGAAGAAAUGGUAUUAGUCCAUCUAACAAGUUAUCACAGUUACCCAGUACAAUGUCCCCAAGCACAUGUUCAACCAAGUCGUCUGGUGCUUCUAGAAUGUCAUAUCCCUCCCCAGGAAGACACUUAGGUCAGCAAUGUUCUGCAAAACAGAGUGGUUUGCCUCGAAGUGCUAGUGGUAUUCCAAGAAGUGAGUCUGCUUCGAAAGGUCUGAAUCACUCUGGAGCGGCAGGCCCUUCAAAAAGAGCGGAACUUUCCAGGAUGUUAUCCACAAAGUCGAGUGGCAGCGAGUCGGAUAGAUCAGAAAAACCUGUGCUAGUUCGGCAGUCAACAUUUAUUAAGGAAGCCCCCAGCCCUACUCUAAAGAGAAAAUUAGAAGAGUCUGCCUCUUUUGAAUCUUUAUCUCCAUCUUCGAGCCGAUCCCAAUCUCACACACCAGUAUCAAGUCCUUCUUUACCAGAUAUGUCUCUAACUUUGCCCUGCUGGCAGAAGUCUCCACAUGGAAACACUUCCGAAAAUGGUGAUGGGCGAUGUUUUAAAAGACAUGACAUUGCCCGUUCCCAUUCUGAGAGCCCCUCAAGACUUCCGAUUAACAGAUCUGGAACAUGGAAGCGUGAACACAGCAAACAUUCCUCCUCCCUUCCAAGAGUGAGCACAUGGAAAAGAACAGGGAGCUCCUCAUCUAUCCUAUCCGCUUCGUCAGAAUCAAGUGAAAAGACAAGGAGUGAAGAUGAAAAGCAAGCUCUGAGCCCCCCUCAUAAGACUUUACAGAAUAGUGAUGGUAAUUUGGCCUUAAAAGGAACAUGGAGGAAAAUGAAGGAAUGUAAGGUGAAUAGUGGGCCUACGAGAUCUCUGGAUGAAGAUUCAAAUUCAGAGGGGCAUCAGAUGGUUGCAGCUGUUUCGAAAAGUGAGGAUGUAUGGGUACGAAUUGAGGAUUGCCCCAUCAAUAACCCCAGGUCAGGGAAAUCUCCAACUGGAAAUGUAAAACAUACUAAUCGUGUGCCUGGCAGCCUACUUGCCAUAGAACCUGAUGGGAAUGACACACAGUCCAAACAGUUCACCAGCAGUGAAACCACACCUGCCCAUACUGUGAACCUCGAAAAGCCAGGCAGUCAGAGCGCAAUGGCAGAGGCUCACGAGACUUCAACUGCCGAACGUACUCCUUUCGGCUCUUCAAAUUCCAGCAUGCACAGCUCUCCGAGCGGCACUGUGGCAGCGAGGGUGACCCCUUUCAAUUAUAAUCCUAGUCCAAGAAAGAGCAGUGCUGAUGGCGCUACACAUCGCCCAUCGCAGAUCCCAGGGCCGGUGAACAGUGGCUCUAAGAAGAGAGACUCCAAAGGCGAGAACGCUGAGCCCAGCGGGUCAUAUAUUGUCACAUCUGUUUAAGACCAUGACUUGAUCACAUUAUUCUGUCUCCUGAAAGAACUGGCUCUAUUUUGUCCGUUUCAAAGAAAGAAAUCAGUUAUGUAAAUUGAUCAUGUAUGCUGUUAAACCUGCUUUAACCACAAAUGAGAGGAUGAAAUAUGUAAAUAGUUAUUUUCCGAUGGUUACUGCAGGUUAACCCAUAUUUAAGGCACGGAGCUGGUGGAAACACGACACUUUAUUGGGCGAGAUUUUGUUUGACACACAUCAGAAUAUUGUAAUUUGUACUGUACAGUUUUUGAUUUUGCAUUUAAUUUAAAUCCUUUUUAUGAUCCUGUGUUUUGCCUGUCUGAAUCCUGAAAAACAUAGAUGAGGUAUCACUGGACUCUGGAACUAAUCUGAUUUUGAAAACUAGUAAUUUAUCCACAAACAGCUAUAGCUAUCAUUUAAAAAAUUCCCUUUUCUGUAUUGCAUGAAUUUAACUUUAUUAUUUUCUUUCAUCGACAACCAAUUUAUCUGUGUAUAGGUAGCUGUAGUGUAACCAUUUACACUAUCUGUUUUCUCAAAGUAUGGAAUUGCACCCUUAAGAUUUUACAAUGGAAAUAGAUUUUAUCAGAAAGUAGACCACUUGCUAUGCUGUUAACUUGUAUAUGCUGUAAUUCAAGGUGAAAAUUAAAUCUUAAUGAGGAAUUAGUCUCAGGACUAGAUGAACAUUUCAAGAAUAAAUUAUUGCAGUAGGUUUUGGUGUUGGCCUGAUUUUUAAAAGCCGUUUUCGCCUUUGUCACUGUUUUGUUAUUGCACGUUACCCCAGAAAAUGCAUUGUGAUUUGCCAAAAAGACAAUACAUUAUGUGAGUAACAGUGUUCAUUUUUUUUAUUUUAUGCAAUACCGUGGAUGGUUUGUUAUUUAAGAAGUAGUGCAAAUUGUAAAGCCACAUAAUAAACACUAAGAUUUUUGUUGCAAA